AUUCAAUCUUCGGCUCGCUCGCAAAAUACCGUCACAACAAAUAUGGCUGAUGGAAGGGAACUUUUUUUCCUGAAAAAACCCUACACUUUUAUUUUUGGAUUAUUUAUGUUGAUAAAAUUUGCAAAGAAUGAGACGCAUAGCUUAUACAAGAAAAGUGACCCAAUGGUACAGUUUUCAAAUGGUACUAUAAUAGAUGGUCUAACAGAUAGUGAUAAAGUAUGGAUUGUAGAAUUUUACUCCAGUUGGUGUGGACAUUGCCAAAUGUUUGCGCCUAAAUGGGUUCGUUUAUCUUAUGAACUAAAAAAUUGGAAGAAAUAUGUAAAUGUAGGUGCAAUUGAUUGUGCAGCUGAAAAAAAUAUCGAUACAUGUUCGAAAAAAUUCAAAAUAGAUUCAUAUCCAACAAUAAAGUUUUUUGAUGUAAACUGGAAACGACCAGAAGAAGAUGCAAAGAAUGUCUCUAAGAAAAUGGGAAUCAAAUAUGAAGGUGAAAAAGAUAUUAAACACAUAAGAAGAGGUUUGAUUGAUCAUAUAGAAAAACAAGAUGAUCCGGUGUACAACAAAAUCAACUUUGAUUACAUAAAUGAGCAAGCUGUUGAAAACUUUAUGUACAAAAGAAGGCGUUCAUCAUUCAGAUAUUUAGCAUUGGUGUUUGAAGAUCCUGCUUCUUAUACUGGCAAGAUACUCAUGCUAGAUGCAAGUGGCUGCAAGAAAUUGGCUAUUAGACGAGUAUCGAAUCUCAAUGUUGAUUUGACUUCAAAAUACAAAGUUGUCAUGUUUCCGUCACUUGUUCUUAUCACACUGGUCGAUGGAGAAUUCAAGGAACUUAGUCCUAAUGACCGUACACACAAUGGUUUUGUGAAAGCGUUGAAUCAAAUUACAGAAGUGGUACAAGAGCCUCCAAAGGACGUAAAAGAAGAUGAACCUCCAGUGAUCGAUGAGUUACAACUUGAGAAGGCUGCUAAUAUGUCAUCUGACGUGCACAUGAUGGAUAUUGCAAGUGGCGUGAGCUUUGCAUUACGACGUGAAAUUCCAAAGAAAGAAACCAUAGAUGGCGAUGCCCUAGUUGCGCUCAAAAAAUGGGUGAAUUUGUUAAGCGAGUGCGUACCAGGUGAGAAAUACCUGACGUCAUAUUUAACAAAAUUGGAUGCAUGGUUGAACGGUAAAGAUACAUUGAAGACUCCUGAAUAUGUCAAAUAUUUAGACGAACACCAGGAGUGGGAUUCGUAUCUACCUGCAAAAAUUGAGUUUCGUGCUUGUAAAGGAAGUAAAACAAGAUAUCGUGGAUUCCCUUGCAGUUUAUGGGUAUUGUUUCAUACCCUUACAGUUAACUGCGCUUCUAAAGAGCCAAGCUCACUUACUGGUUUGGAAGUGUUGAAACGUCUUCGCGGUUUUAUUGAUCAUUUUUUCGGUUGUCGAUACUGCCGGGACCAUUUUGUUGAGAUGGCGAAGCAUGUUGAUAAAGAAGUUUCCACCUACGAUGAGGCAAUACUGUGGUUAUGGGAAAGACAUAACAUCGUAAAUGCUCGCUUACGAAAAGCCGUCAGCUCUGACCCUCUCCAUCCUAAAAUACAGUUCCCACCAGAUAGCAUGUGCGAAGAAUGCCGGAAGCCGACAACGAUAGAUAAUACCAUAGAAACAGAUCCUGGGCAUGGUGUUGCUGGAACGAAAUUUAACAAGGGGGUUAUUUUAGAAUUCUUGAAACAGCAUUAUGGUCCUGGUAAUAUACGUAUUAAAGAAAGCCCUAAGAGAGGAGAGAUUUUACAUGAUGAUGACCUAGUAAGAUUUAAUUCAUCACCCUCCUCCUUUGCGUUCGUAGGUUUGUAUAACUUGGAUAUGAGUUUAUGCGUGGUCCUUUAUGUCACCGCCAUGCUCACUCUGAUCGGUUUGUACAUGUACUUUAUAAAAAGGCGAACGAGAAAAUUAUGGAAGCAUCUUGUGUAGACAUUCUAAUGUUUUUGAGUUUCAUGGGAAAUUAUAUGUGAUAGAAUCACGGCAAAGAAUUCAAAAUUUUGUUCUAAGUUAAAAGAGAAAAGUUUUAGUUUUAUUUUUAUUUUCUAUUUUUAUAUGCAUAUUUAUUCCUGGCAACUUUUAAGUACUCUCGCUAUAGUUGUUUGUUUUUUUCCACUAAAAAAGCAAAUCUUUAAUCCCUUAUAUUUAUGUAAUUUAUUUAUGUUUUGCUACAAAAUCUGCUUUUCUGACCUCAAUCUAGAAAGUAUCUAUGAUAUAUCAGUUUGGGACAGCUACAAAAUAGCUGUCCCAAGAACGAAAAAUAUGAAAUUGUGUAAAAUAGAAUUUUAGUUUAGUUAGAAAUGUUUAAAAGAUAAAAGCGUCUAUA